AUGGACAAAAGAAAUCCACCACCAUCCAUGAAAUCUAUUGUUGAUGCCGAAACAAAUCCUUUUGUCGUUGGUAGCAAAGCAACAUUAACACCAUUCUCCGACAGAAGAGCAGCUUUAAGACAUGUCGAAAAUGAAACGACACAAACAUUAUCGAACAAUUUAAGUACAUCUUACCGAACCAAUAGUUUUGCCCAUAAAAGUAUAUUGAAGUUUCCGCCGAUCUCUUCUGAAAAAAAAUACACAGAGUCACGGACAGAGAAAAUGAAAAAAUCAUCAUACACUCAAUCCAAUAGAAAUGUCCAAGCUAACAAUCAUAUUUCGCUGCCAAUUUAUUCUCCAAAUGUGGCAAGAAAAGUGUCAUUCGCCGAACAAAGUACAUCUCUCUCGAUAAAUACUAUUGCGGCUGAUGAACAAAUCGAGCAAAUAUUAGAUCCAUUGGAAAGUGUAAUUAAUACAACUUCAAAUAGCGAGCAUUCUACAUUUCCAUUACAGAUUCCAUUUAUGUGUGAUUUUAGAAUUAUUUGGUUAGAUUCGAAUUAUACUAAGUUUAAUGCAGAUUUUAAACAUAUGAUUGAUCAACUUCGACCUAUUAUUGAUGUCAUUAAUCCAUUUACGGAUCCUGAAAUAUGCAAGGAUUUUAUCAAGAAGAGAACAGAUGAAACAAUCUUCUUAAUUGUGUCGAAUGAUAUAGAACAAUCGAUAAUAUGUGACAUUCAUCAAAUACCUCAGAUCCAUUGUAUCUUUAUAUUCUGUCAAAAUAAACCAAAGAAGACACGUUGGAUAAAAAAUUGGACAAAGAUAAUCGGUUUUUUCAAGUGUAUUAACGAGAUUUAUGAAAAAAUCAAAAAAGAAACUCAACGAUAUCGUCGUGAUUCCAUAGCCAUUAGUAUUGCAAGUGUAGAUUUAAAUCGUUUCGAUUCAUCAUUUAUGUAUACAUUGAUUCUUAAAGAAAUACUUUCUGAAAUGACCUACGAUGUUACAGCUAAGAAACAAUUGACUCAAUUCUAUCGAGAAUAUUAUUAUAAUGACCCAUGGGUACAGAAAGACAUUGACAAAUUUAACCGACAUUAUAAGUCACAUACACCAAUCUGGUGGUACACUGGGUUCCCAUUUAUCUACGAAAUUCUUAAUGAAGCACUUCGAUUACAAAAGACGGAGAUCAUCAUUAAAAUGGGCUUCUUUAUAAAAGAUCUUCACAAUCAAAUUGAACAGUUAUAUACGCCAGCGACUAAAAAAAUUAUCGUUUAUCGAGGUCAAAGACUGUCGUAUGCACAUUUUAAUCAAUUACGCACAUUAGAGGGUGGUCUAUAUUUCUUCAAUUGUUUCUUGUCGACAACUAGCGAUCGACAAUUGGCUCUUGCGCGAGCUGAAAGUUCCCUCUCCACUGAAGGUUCCAGACAGAUAGGUAUUCUUUUUCAAAUAACUCUAGAUCCAACUGUUGGUACUGCAGCUCCAUUCGCUUCAGUAAAUAAUGAAGGUUACUAUUCUGACAAAGAACAAGAAAUUUUGUUUUCAACACACACAGUAUUUCGUAUUGAUGAACUGAAAUCAAUUACUGAUUACUUGUGGCAAGUAAACCUUUCAUUGGUUAAUGACGACGACGAUGAUUUGAUGAAAAGUAUUGAAUACAUGCGAAAUAUGACACAAGGAACAACUGGAUGGGAUAGACUCGGUAAGUUGUUAUUGAAAAUGGAUAAAUUUAAGGAAGCUAAAGAAGUCUUAGAAGUGUUGAAUGACAAUUCAAAUGAUAACGAUUUGGAGAGACUUGGUCAUCGUUACCAUUUAAUGGGUCAAGCAGAAAAUAGUCAACACAAUUAUAAGCAAGCACUCUUCUUCUACGAAAAAGCUUCACAAAUUUAUCAAACUUAUUCCAGUGCUACUCAUUUAGAUAUGGCUGUAAUUUAUAAUGAUAUCGGUUCAGUAUAUAAAAAUACUGAACAAUACAUAGAAGCACUAAAGUAUUUUCAAAAGGCACUUGUUGAUCAAGACAAAUCUAAUCCUUUAACUUACUCAAAUUUGGUCCUUAUCUAUAGUAACAUGGCUGAAGUAUACAAGAUAAUGGAACAAUAUUCAGAUGCUUUAAACAUUCUUGAAAAACUUUCGGCUAGCUAUAAACGAUCAUCAGUUCUUUAUGAUUAUCCAACUAUGUCUAUUAUUUAUAUUAGUAAGGCUGAAGUAUAUUUUGAUAUGGGAGCUUAUUCGGAAGCAUUGAAAUUAUUUCGAAAAGUAUCUAAUAUGUAUAAAUAUUGUCAUUUACAAAGUUGUGUAGAUAUAGCUAAUGUUUAUAAUCGUAUUGGUGAAAUCUAUCAAAGAUUGAACGAGCAUCCCAUGGCAUUCGCAUACUAUGAACGAUCACUUCAAAAUUAUUACAUUGAAUUGCAUAUUUUGUCCAAAAAAUUACCAGUAAAUGAAUCAAGUUUAGCUAUACUCUAUAGUAAAAUAGCUCAUGUACAUACAAAUAUGAGCAAUUAUUCAAUGGCACUUACACUAUAUAAAAAAACACUUGAAAUCUUAGAAAGAUCUUCCGAAUUAAAACAACCAGACUUAGCAUCGACACACGUAAAUAUUGGUCACAUAUAUAAAAAUAUGGGUAAACAUGACAAAGCACUUAUAUCAUACAGACAAGCUAUGAAAAUUGCACGACAAUCAUUGCCUGAUAAUCAUCGUCAGUAUUUAAUAUAUCAAAAAUACGUUACAGAAUUCCAACGAACGUUUCAAUGA